AUGUCAGUUCAAUUAACUUAUAACAACUUAGGCGAUUCAGGUUUAAAAGUUUCACCAUUAAUUGUUGGAUGUAUGGGUUUUGGUUCAAGUCAAUGGGCAGGAUGGGUAAAAGAUGAUGAAGAAGAGUGUCUCAGAAUCUUAAAAAAAUGUUACGAUAAUGAAUUAAGAACAUUUGAUACUGCAGAUGUUUAUUCAAAUGGUAAAUCCGAAAUCUUAUUAGGUAAAUUUUUAAAAAAAUAUAACAUACCCAGGGAGAAAAUUGUCAUCAUGACCAAGUGCUUUUUCGCAGUUGAUGAGUACGACCCAAGUUUCAAUUCUUUAAAAGCUAAUAGUGUUUCACCAGCUGAUUUAUACAACUCAAAAGGAUUAUCAAGGAAACAUAUAUUGGAAGCUGCUCAAAAUUCAGUUAGAAGAUUAGGUACUUAUAUUGAUGUUUUACAAAUUCAUAGAUUAGAUCCAACUACCCCAAAGAAAGAAAUUAUGAAGGCUUUAAACGAUGUUGUUGAACAAGGUUUAACUAGAUACAUUGGUGCUUCAUCAAUGAAAGCAACUGAAUUUGCUCAAUUACAAUUUAUUGCGGAACAAAACGGAUGGUUCAAAUUUAUUAGUAUGCAAAAUUACUACAACUUGUUGUAUAGAGAAGAAGAAAGAGAAAUGAUUCCAUUCUGUCAAGAAAAUGAUUUAGGUAAAGUUUCAAUAAUUCCUUGGUCUCCAAUUGCCAGAGGUGUACUAGCAAGACCAUUUGAUGUAAAAUCAGAAAACAAAAGAACAGAAGAAGACAAGACUUUUAAGAUGUUGGGAUUGGAUUCAUUAACUGAUGCAGAUAAGGAAAUUUUGAAAAGAGUUGAAGAGCUUGCUAAAAAACAUAAUGUUAGUAUGGCUGUUGUUGCUACUAGUUGGGUUUUAAGACAGAAAGGUUGUAACCCGAUUGUUGGUAUAAGUUCCGAAGAACGUGCUGAUGAUAUUAUCAAGGCUAUUACCUUUAACUUAAGUGAUGAAGAAGCCAAGUAUUUGGAAGAACCAUAUAUUCCUAAAAAAUCCUUUUUUUAA